GCCAUUAUUUGCUCUGGGGUUACAGUCAGUGGUAAAUGAGAUUAAGUCCAUGCCCACACAUUUUGAGUGGGGGAAAGCAGACAUUAAGCAAAUAACCUAAUUAAUGAAUAUAAAAUUAUAGAGAUAAAUUUAUGUCAGAAUGGAGUAUAAUUGCCUAUAAGAGUAUAAUAAGCUGAUUCACCCUAACUAGGACUUAACUAGGUAGAAUGUCAGGGUAGGAAGGAGAAAAGGAAUCAAAAGGUACAAAGGCCGUGGGGCAAACAGGUUGGCAGCUCCUCCAAAGUUGAAUAUGGAGUUGCCAUAUGACCCAGCCAUCCCACUCAUAAGGUGUAUACCCAAGAAAAAUAAAAACAUAUCUAUGUGAAAACUUGUACAUGAAUGUUUAUAGCAUCAUUAUUCAUAAUGGCCCCAAAGUGAGACAACCCGUGUCCAUCAACUGGUACAUCUGUACCAAGAAUACUGUUCAGCCAUCAAAAGGGAUGGCAUGCUGACACCUGCUACAAUAUGGAUGAACUUUGAAUCUCUAUGCUUAAGUGAAGGAAGCCCGUCACAAAAACAUAUAUCCUAUGAUUCCGUUUAUAUGAAAUGUGCGGAAUAGGCAAAUCCACAGAACGUAGAUUGUGGUUGUGCAGUAUGUAGUUUGCUCAGGCUGCCAUAACAGUGCCAUAUCCUGGGAGGCUUCAACAACAGGAAUUAAUUUUCUCACUGUUUUGGAGACCAGAAGUCAAGAGGUCAAGGUGUUGGCAGGCUCAGCUCCUUCUGAGGCCACUCUCCUUGGCCUCUAGGUGGCUGUCGUCGUCCUUUGUCUUCAUGUGGCCUUCCCUCUGGGUGUGUCCUGAUCUCUUCUUGUGACCUUAGAGUAGGUCUCCCUCUAAUGACUUCAUUUUACCUCUUUAAAAAUAGUGUCUCUAAAAUGAGUCAUGUGCCGAGGUACUGGGGGUUAAGAUUUCAACAUUUGAAUGGGGUGGGGACACAACUCAGCCAUAGAACAGGGUGAAUGGGGAGUGACCACUCAUGAGUAUGGGACUUCUUCCCAGGGUGGUAAAAAUGUUCUGGAAUUAGUGGUGGUCAUUGUGCAAAUUUGUGAAUAUACUAUAACCACUCUCCACUCUGAAAGGAUGGACUUUGCCCUGGGGUAAGAGGGAGCCAGAUCUGCAGAGAGAGGACAAAAGUGGGAGACAAGAUGGAGGGGUUGGCAGGGGCCCCAUUACCCAGCCUAGUGUGCUUCAGGUGUCUGCUCCCUACCCAAGACUUUGCCCAUCUCCACAAUGUCUGGCGUUAAAGCUCAUUAUUAGGGACCCUUUCAAACUGGGAUUGGGAUUGAAAUUGGGACCCUUUUUAAACUUUCAAGGGCCACCUUCUGUCCCUAUGGGCAGUUUGCCGUGAAGCAGACAGACCCAGCUUGAGAUAACGUCUUGCUUAUCAACACAUGCCAGGCACUGUUCUAAGUCCUUGUCAACUGGUAAGCAUUUAGUUCUAACAACCCAGUGAGGUGGGUACUUACUCUCUUGCCCGAAGUCACACUGCCUGUGCAGUUAAUAAACAGCAGAGUCAGAUUUCAAACCCUGGCUCCGGGGACCAUACUGUUACCCACUGCACUAUGUUGGGUAACGUAACAACCCUGUAAGUUAAGAGUUUAUUAACUUAGUAUUAUCCAUAUUUUACAGGUGGGUAACUGAGGCACAGAGAGGUUAGUGAUUUGGCUUGGGUCAUAUUGUGAGUUAAGAUGAGAAAUUGGGAAUGGUGUGCGCAUUUGCAUAGAGAAACAACCUCAGUGCCUGUUGAAUUACAAGAACCAGUCCUGGGGAGGGUGGGCCUGGGGGGUUGUUUGUGACCCGGGAGAACCAAGACUCAAGGCUGGGUACCUGCCCGAGCCUCAUCCCUGCUUUCCUUCCAACUCUCAGCUCACCCCUGGAGACGACUCCUUGGGAAGGCCACUGGGAGAGCCUGGUCUGCCAGGGGGGCCCAGGGCCAGAGUCAGAGAUGCUGAAGAGACACCCAAGGGGGUACUCAGGGGGCAAGGGGCCUGCAUCCCUGGGACACCGCCUCCCAGUUUGGGGGUGGGUGCGGCAGAAGCCUCUGUGCCCUUGUGCCUGACAUUCCUCAGCAGCCACGUGGCCCCAACUGGCAGGGACAGCUGCAGAUGGGGGCUGAACCAGCUUUGUUCCCAGGGUGGCGCCUGCUCUCCAUCCAGGCCCUGCUCGGCUCCUGCCCAGUGCUGCUUUUCUUCCCAGGGCUCAGUGGACGCUGGCACUGUGGGUCCCCUGCCAUGAGUGCCUAGAGGCACGGAGCCAGCAGGGUCUCUCCAAGGGGGGCGCAGGGCUCUGGGAGGAUGGGGCAGGACCAGACAAAGCAGCAGAUCGCGAAGGGGCUCCAGCUGUACCAGUCUAAUCAGACAGAGAAGGCGCUACAGGUGUGGAUGAAGGUUCUGGAGAAGAGCUCGGACCUUGUGGGGCGCUUCCGUGUGCUGGGCUGCCUGGUCACGGCCCACUCAGAGAUGGGCCGCUACAAGGAGAUGCUGAAGUUUUCUGUGGUCCAGAUUGACACCGCUCGGGAGCUAGAGGAUGCCAAUUUCCUUCUGGAGAGCUACCUGAACCUGGCGCGCAGCAAUGAGAAGUUGUGUGAGUUUCACAAGACCAUCUCCUACUGCAAGACCUGCCUGGGCCUGCCCAGCACCAGGGCGAGUGCCCAGCUCGGAGGCCAGGUCAGCCUGAGCAUGGGCAACGCCUUCCUGGGCCUCAGCCUCUUCCAGAAGGCCCUGGAGAGCUUCGAGAAGGCCCUGCGCUAUGCUCACAACAACGACGAUGCCAUGCUCGAGUGUCGUGUCUGCUGCAGCCUGGGCAGCUUCUACGCCCAGGUCAAGGACUACGAGAAAGCCCUGUUCUUCCCCUGCAAGGCCGCAGAGCUUGUUAACGACUAUGGCAAAGGCUGGAGCCUCAAGUACCGGGCCAUGAGCCAGUACCACAUGGCUGUGGCAUAUCGCCUGCUGGGCCACCUGGGCAGUGCCAUGGAGUGUUGUGAGGAGUCUAUGAAAAUUGCACUGCAGCAUGGGGACCGGCCACUACAGGCACUCUGCCUGCUCUGCUUUGCUGACAUCCACCGGAGUCGUGGGGACCUUGAGACAGCCUUCCCCAGGUACGACUCUGCCAUGAGCCUCAUGUCCGAAAUCGGAAACCGCCUGGGGCAGGUGCAGGUGCUGCUGGGUGUGGCCAAAUGCUGGGUGGCUAGGAAGGUACUGGACAAGGCUCUGGAUGCUGUCGAGAGAGCCCAGGACCUGGCUGAGGAGGUGGGGAACAAGCUGGGCCAGCUCAAGCUGCACUGCCUGAGCGAGAGCAUCUACCGCAGCAAGGGGUUGCAGCGGGAGCUGCGUGCCCAUGUCGUGCGCUUCCACGAGUGUGUGGAGGAGACAGAGCUCUACUGCGGCCUGUGUGGCGAGUCCAUAGGUGCUUGCAGAACAAUGGAAUGCGGAGCUGCCCCAACUGCCACCAUUCAUCCAUGAAGCCUGGCUUUGUGUGACUCCAGUCAGCUUCCGCCUCACCUUUCCCGGCUCCUUCUCCACCAUCACAUUGGAGGCCCCUGACUGACCAUGCCGCAGAGGCCUGUUUACUUUUGGUGCAGCCACCAAGGCCUCUUAGGGCCUCAGCCAGUGCCUGGAACCUGCCUACUACUGCUCCACAAGGCCCAGCUGCUCUCCCCUGCUCCUUUGUACUUUGCUCUUUAUGGAAAAAUAAACUGUACUUGGUCCCAGUGA